AUGACAAACUAUUUCAUUUUAGGUGCUGUAUCAAUAAAUAAAAAGAAUAACGUUCAACUAGUUCUGGAUAAAAUUGCAGACAGCAUUGAAUUAUUAUUUACUACUAAUAAUUUUACACCACUUUUACGUAUUUGUCGAUUAUUUGUUCAAAAACAACCACAUUUAUUUCAUACCGCUAUCGAAAACAAUUAUUUUUAUCUUUUAUCACAGUUUAUUCCUAUUGUUUCACUCAAAUUACUUCAACAAAAAAAUCAAUUAGGUGAAACAGUUCUUCUUCAUAUUCUUCGUCUCAAUCGUCUUGAUAUUUUUAAGAUUCUGUUAGAAAAAAAAAGGUUUGCUGAACUUAUCGAUGCUGUCAAUAAUAAAAAACAAAAUCUAUUUCAUCUUCUCGCAAUGAAUAAAGAUGCUGAAGAAAUAUGUGACCUAUUAAUUGAAUAUCUUAUGAAAAAAUCAAUAAAUAUUGAAGAAAAAUUUGGUAAUGUUGAUGAAGAUAAUCGUACACCAUUAGAACUAUCGAUUAUAAAUAAUAAUCAACCAGUUACACGUUAUCUUUUAAAACAUUUUAAUAAUGAUACAUCGUUGAUAAUAAGCAAUGGUAUUUUAUUUGGAAGAAUACAAAUUAUUGAUUAA